UUGUUUAUUCUGGCAAAAACACGCCAAACAUUCACAUUGACAUUCACCUCUACUUACACACAUCACCUCCUCCUCCAAGAUUCACAAAAUCUGUCAGAAAUCCCCCCACAAAAAAAUCCAAAAAAAAAUAAAAAUGCAGCAGGGGCAGGGGUGCCCAGGGACUAAUUCAUUCAGAUACAAUACAACUUUAUGCAGCUGCAAUCCAGGCUUCUUUUACAACACAAACAACAACACCUGCACACCCUUUACAACAACUUCAUCAGAUGGGGAAUUCUUUGUGGGGUCAGGGGUUGACUAUUCAAUAAACAUACCAGCAAACAUAUUUGCAUUUGAUACUAUAAAGAAGUUCACACAGUCACAGGCAGUGUUUCUUGAAACAACAGUUGUGAUGCUUGUUUCUUGGCUCUUGUUUUGUGUUUUUGUUAGGUGUGUUGGGAAGCUUGGUGAUGGGACUAAUUCUUGGUUUCGAAUUCGAUGGUGGAUUAGUCGGCUGGAUGUUGCUUUUGCUACUAGACAUUGGCUGGAUGAUCAAAAGGUUGUCAAAAAACGAAAGACAGAACUUGGUGGAACGUUCUCAAUUGCAAGUUGGAUUCUUUUUAUUGGUUUGUUUGCAGCGUUACUUUACCAAGUUAUAUCAAUGAGGACCAUCGAGAUACACAGUGUCAUAGCAUCAAAUGCACCCGACUUAGAAACCUUCCAUAAUGAUAUGGAAUUCAAUAUAACAACUGUCUCUAGCAUGAGCUGUUCUAAUCUACAAGGUCUCAGUAAUAUAGUCGCUGGAAACCCUGGUUUCAUAGACUAUAGAACCGCACCACUAUCCGCUUUUGGCAGCUUCUCGUGUGAAAACACCACAAAGGGUCCCACCAUAACUAUUAAAUGUAACGAUUGUCAGUUUAUUCACGACAAUAUCUACAUUUCAUGGCAGUUUGUUGAUAUCCCAAAUGUGCCUGCGGCCGCUGUUGGUUUCGAGUUUAAGUUGACUGCCACAGACCGCCGCCACAAAAAGCAUGUGAGUUAUGUGAGCGGUACCUUGAAGAAUGGAAGCACAAAUAGUGCAAAGUUUGUUACUUAUAGAGGAAACGAUCCAAGUAUCCUGCAAUUCAAUCUUUUCCCGAGAAUAUACCGCACUAAGCAUGAUCUUAGGCUUAUACAGCCUCUUUUUCACGAUUUCCUCCCGGGUUCGUCUUUUGGUGACGCGAAUCGGUUGCAGGCUUCGUUUCAGAAAUUUAACGAUGGGAAUGUUAAUACGACAUUGUAUAUUAAUUUCCUUUCUUCUUACAUUGUGGAGGUUGACAAUCAAAGCACUCUCGGGCCUGUGGGCUUUCUAGCUGAUCUUGGUGGCUUGUAUUGCAUUAGCAUCGGCAUAUUUUUCUACUUUUUGGUGCAAUUUGAAUAUAGAUUCAAGAGGUUUCGUCACGAGGAUAGUGUGAUGAGAAGUAUUAGAAGUCGCCGGAGAGCCCAAGAACGUUGGAAUAAGCUAAGAAAGUAUGUAAGCUUUACUUGGGGCCGUGGAAUGUUGCCGUAUGAAGAUGUAUCUUUGACUUUUGUGGAUACAGCAUCUUGCAAUUGUUUUCCUGUUCAGAAAGGUGGAUCGCUUAGGAAACAAAUACGUAAGGAUAAUAUCAAUUUGAACAACAAACUUAGCACCCCAAGUGAAAAGGAUGUGAAACAUGCAGAAGAAAAGAAUGGAAACAAUCAUAUGCAUUCUAAUAAUGCAGAUACAGUUGCUGCUGAUAUACCUUUGCCGCCGUCAUUAGAAAUCAGGCCUGGUUCUGACAUUAGCAUUUCCGAAAUCCAAAAAAACCUUAAGAACCUCUAUGAAUACAACGUGAUGCUUCACGAGAAGUUGGUUAUCACUCAAUCUACAAUAAAUGCUCUAACGUCAAAAGCUUCCGAAUCUUCAUCAGAUCAGAGGCACAAUUAGCCAUCAUUUUCUUAUCAAAUACUGCUAGGCUGCUGGAUUCAGAUGUUGUAAUUCAUCUUAGUCAUUGGAGUAGUUAUUUCCGUAAGGGUAAAGAAAUGAAAUUUUGCGUGUGGGUUCUGUACAUCGAGCAUUUUGCUUUGUAAAGUUUGUUUUAUGUUUGGUGCAUGUAAAUUUUAGUGGAUGAUGAAUGUCACACCAAAACUUAGAUGGUGUGACUAUAGUGUUAACCACACCCCCAAAUAUGGGGCGUGGUCAUUCUUUUUUUCUUUUGUAUUCCAUCUCGGAGUUUUGGUGGAAAAAAAAUGUUAGUGUUCGACUCAAACUGUACUGUUUGCUCCAUAUUAAUCCAUAUUAGAUUAUUGGUUA